GGGAUGGGAUAAUUUAUAAUUUUUUUCAUCUUCUCACAAGCUACUCUGCAUACAGUAGAUUUCUCGCAAGCUUGAAUCAGUCUUGUGCUUGUUGAUCUAAUGGACGAGCCUUCCUCUUCUUCUUCGUUGCCCACAGAUGUCUUCCUCAAUUUUAGAGGCGAGGACACCCGAAACAUCUUUGUCUGCCAUCUUCACAGAGCUCUGGUACGGGAAACACUCCAAGUCUACAUUGAUAAGCAUGAUCUACAGAAAGGCGACGACCUUGAGAAUCUACUGGAAGGCAUUGCCGGAUCAAAGCUUUCAAUUUUAGUUUUCUCUGAAAACUACGCGACUUCCACUUGGUGCUUGAAAGAACUGGUGCAGAUCCUGAAAUGCAAGAAGGACCAGAACCAGAUUGUGAUGCCCGUUUUCUACAAAGUAGAUCCUUCCGACAUUCGUAAACAGAGGGGAAGUUUUGGUGAAGCUUUUGCUAAGCAUGAAAGCGACUGCAAAGGAGACAAGGAGUUGCUGCAACAAGUGCAGAGCUGGAGAUCCGCUUUAGAGGAAGCUGCCAACUUAUCUGGCUUCGAUUCCAAUUCCAAAGAUUAUGCGGAUGAUGCCGGGCUUAUUGAUGCUAUUGUCAAAAAAGUGUUCGAUAAAGUGAACUCGAUACCUCCUCAUACAGAGGAUGGCUUUGUUGCAAUGGAUUCCCAUCUGAAUGAAAUGAGACGAAAAAUAAAUGCUGUGCCGGAUGGUGUUGUCUAUGUCGGAAUAUGUGGCAUGGGCGGCAUAGGCAAGACAACAAUUGCUCAUGCUGUUUUUAGAGAAAUUGCUCAUCAGUUUGACCACUGUUGCUUUCUUGAAGAUGUGAGGGAACGCUUCACGAAGGGGGUAGUACAGUUGCAACGUGAAUUUUUAGAAGGAAUGUUCAAGAAAAAAGAACACAAUGUGGACGCGGUCUACAUGAAGAUGAUGAGAAGGCUAGCUAACAAAAAGAUCCUAGUUGUUCUUGACGAUGUACUCGAUUCACGCCAGAUGGAUACUUUACUUGGUGGAAGUAAUCGUUCAUUUGGUGCUGGAAGUAUAAUUAUUGUAACAACUAGAGAUGAACAUGUAGUGCGUGGAUUCGAGAUAUACAAGCCCACCUCACUAAGUGUUCGCGAUUCUCUGAAACUCUUCAGCCAGAAUGCUUUCAGCACAGACAAACCCUCUGGAAAGUAUGAACAUCUCUCAAGGUGCAUAGUACAAUAUGCACAGGGUCUACCCUUAGCUCUUAUACUAUUGGGAAAGUUACUCCGUAAGAGAAGUGUAUCUGAUUGGGAAGGUCAAUUAAAUAAAUUGAGGAAGCAACCACACCCAGGAAUUAAGGAGGUGCUUCAAAUAAGCUUCGAUGGACUACAAGAUGAGUAUCAGAAGAACAUAUUUCUGGAUAUUGCAUGUUUCUUUAAAGGGAUGGACAAAGACUAUGUAACAAUAGUUCUUGAAAAUUGUGGCUUCUAUCCCAGGGCGGACCUGAAUGUUUUAGUUGAAAGAGCUCUUCUAACUAUCUCAGAUUCAAAUAAGCUUGAGAUGCAUGAUUUACUACACGAGAUGGGGAGGUACAUUGAAUCCUCUACAGAAGAUGGAAAGCGAAGACGAUUCUGGAGUGAACAUGUUGAGCGUGUGCUGACUGAUAAAAAUUCGGCGGCUACAGAAGCAGAAGGCUUGAUGAUCACCCUGCCGGACAAGGAAGACAGAUUCUUCAAAGCCACAGCAUUUGAACAUAUGACGAAACUGAGGUUGCUCAUGUUCAUGUACCGGGAAUGGUACUAUGGAGCUGACGGGAAACAUGACCUGAUUGGGGACUUCAACUUUCUUUCUUCUGAGUUGAGAGUUUUCAUCUGGCAUAAAUACCCCCUACAGUGUUUGCCAUCCAGCUUUGACCCCAAGAAUCUUGUUCACCUUGACAUGCACUCCGGCCGCAUUGAACACCUUUGGGAAGGACCUAAGCGUGCGAACAACUUGAGAAUCAUCAAUUUGAUUGGCUGUCCACUUAAAGAGACUCCCGACUUGACUGAGGUGCCAAAUCUUGAGAGCCUAGUUAUGGGAGGGGGUAUUAUUGGAGGUCGCCCAAGUUUCACUGAGGUUCACCCAUCCAUUUUAGGUCACGAAAACCUUGUAUUUUUGAGCUUAGCUGGGUGCCAUGAACUUAAGACACUUCCGAGAAGAAUUCUCAUGAAGUCUCUCAAAACCCUUGAUCUUAGCCACUGUGUAAACCUUGAGAUGUUUCCAGAGAUUUCUGAAGAUAUGAAAGCACUGUCAGUGCUUAGCUUAUAUCAAACUGCAAUUAUGGAGCUACCAUCGUCAAUUGAACGGCUCCGGGGGCUUCAAUCAUUAGACAUGACAUUCUGCAGGAAACUUAUCCGUCUUCCAGAUAGUAUCUGUAAUUUAGCAAAACUUAGAUCUCUCAAGCUGAAAGAUUGCUCAAAACUUUCCAAGUUGCCUGAGAACAUUGGGAAUAUGGAUUCUCUGUUGGAACUUGAAGUAGACCUAGGUGGUUUAGAACAACUUCCAGUCUCUAUCUUACGUCUGAAGUUAGGUGGGCGGCUAUCGUUUCAUGGUUGCAAAAUGGCGGCUCCCUUUUCAUCAUGGCCAUUAUCAAUAGAAGAUCGUUGUACUGAUGUGGUACAUCUUGAUUUCAGCGGUUGCAAUAUGAUGAAAUUGUCAGAUGCUAUUGCUUGUUUUCCUUCAUUGAAAGUAUUAAAGUUGUCAAGAAACAAUUUGGAGCGCUUACCUGCAGCCAUGAAAGAACUGGGUUGCUUAGAAAGGCUUGAAUUGGAUGGCUGCAAGAGACUGAGAUCAAUACCAGAGCUUUCGUCAACAAUAAGUUACAUAAAUGCACAAAACUGCACAGCUUUGGAAACGGUUUCGGCACCACAGUCUCCCUAUGAAAUUGGUCGGUGCUUCAUAUUUUCUAAUUGCUGUAAUCUGGUACAUGAAGAUGUUUUUAAAGACAUUGUAGGAACUCAUUUCCCCCCUCAGGGCAAUCCUUCCCGACCCUUUUAUUUCUCUUGUCCUGGAAGUGAAAUUCUAGGGCAGUUCAUCCAUAGUGAGGGGUCUUCCGUAACUGCCAAGCUACCACCAAAUUGCUUUGACAACAAGUUUUUGGGGUUCGCUAUAACCGCCAUUACUAAUAACCCCCAAGGUGUUGAUUACUACAAUUUGAUUGUUCGAUGUUUCUUCACCUUCAAAGGAGAUCAAUGCCAGUACCGUUCCAGUUUCUAUUUGUUCGAUAGUCAUUUUGACAGUCUAUGCCGCGAUUGGCUCAAGUCAAGUCAUAUGUUGGUAGGAUAUGUGCCAUGGUCUGAAUUUGGCAUUAAUGGAGAAAAAGUGAACGAACGUCACUACACUGAGGCCAAAUUUGAGAUAGAAUUAUUGCACUCUGAAGUGGGUGAUGUGGUGAUGACCAAGGCAAGAUUCGACCCCAGCAUCGAAAGGUGUUUCCCGGGCAUCAAAAGGUGCGGAGUUCAAUUCUUUUUUGCCAACAAUGAGGAUAAGGAAGUUAUAUAUCAAGAUUUUGGGGAACCAAUGGUACAAGUCCUUGAUAAUUCUGAGAUCAGGAGCCUUGAGGGCUGCUCAGCUGAAGCCAGUUGUAGUGAAAUCACUGGUCACCCUUCCGAUGAGGAGGAGCGAUUCCUUAAAUUAUCCGAAGUUUUUGAAGGUGCAUACAGAAAACCCAGCCGUUACAUGAAAACUGAGGACAACGAGGAUUCAUCUGGGAAGAGGGAAACUUUGAAAAAUUGGAAGCAAAAGGUGAAAGUUACAUCAGGUCUGACGCAAGGGCAUCUCGAUGAUGGUUUUAACUGGUCCAUUGGGAGCUCGGGGAUUGAGAGAUGUAAGUAUCGAUGUGCUCAUGGACUUGGCUGUUGGGCGAAAGCCAUAGUGCCAACUCCCAUCGACCCAACCAUCCGUAACAUUACUUAUGUCGGGAGGCACACUUGUUGGAAAACUCAACCAAUGUUGACACACCAAGUAAGAAUUACACUGGGUAUGGAGACUAUUGGAGGUCCUUUUGAUGGCUUUCGGUGGACGAAGUAUGACCAAAGGGACAUACUAGGAAGCAGAUACCCAAGAGAGUAUUACGUAUGCAAUCCUGAAGAAUACGGAGGCUGCAUGGCCGUAAAGGAAGUGCAAAAAUCAAAUGAUCAGAGAUUCCUUAGAAUUACUUACACCGGAAGGCACACAUGUACGCUACCCUCCACGGGCAUCGGAGGGAGGACUGAUAGCAGUACCUCCUUUGCCAGUAGUGCAUCAUCAGGUUCUAGUGAAGAAAUUGCCGAAUUACUGAGAUCACUAGGACCGGAUCUUGAAGGGAUAGUCAACUUUCUUAACAAUGCUGACAAUCAGAUUGCAUUACGAGAUGAAUUCUCACGGGCUAGGGGUGUCAAUGAUAUGGAGAAUAAUAAUAACAACGUGACAGGCUGUUUAUGCUGGUUCAGGAGUCUCUGGAAUUUCAUGACCUCAAAGAAAAAUACCCCAGAAAUCCAUGAAGACGAGGAAGGCCAGUGAUAUUGUGCUCGUGAUCAUCGAGAGCGAGGCUACAUAUAUAAGUUGUGUUUUAUAUAAGAUACUAGUAACAAUAAACUGUUGAGUAAAAUACAUGGAAUACUUGCACAGAAUACAAAUUCACUGAGUAUUGAAUACAUUUGGAUACAAAUUAGCU